AUGGGAGUUGGGAUGCGCCCCGAGCUCCUGCUGCGGCGAGACACAGCGCUCCUGGGCCAGAGGGAGGCCGGGAGUGACCCUGUCAGACUGCAGACCCAGCCUAAGCCACAGCCUGGCCAGCCCCUGCUCUAUUCUGGGACCUUUGACUGCUUCAGAAAGACUCUUGUUAAAGAGGGAUUCCAAGGCUUAUACAGAGGAAUGGCAGCUCCUAUUAUUGGAGUGACACCCAUGUUUGCUGUGUGCUUCUUUGGAUUUGGCUUAGGAAAAAGACUCCAACAGAGAACACCUGAUGACGUUUUGACAUAUCCUCAGCUGUUUGCUGCUGGCAUGUUGUCAGGAGUGUUCACAACAGUAAUCAUGGCUCCAGGAGAGAGAAUCAAGUGUCUUUUACAGAUUCAGGCAGCUACAGGUGAAACUAAAUACAAAGGCUCUUUGGACUGUGCCAAGCAGCUGUACCGUGAGGCUGGGAUCCGCGGCGUCUACAAGGGCACGGUGCUCACCCUCAUGAGAGACGUCCCAGCCAGUGGAAUGUACUUCAUGACGUACGAAGGAGUGUCAUCAAAACAAAUUUUAACAAGAAAAGGUCACAGUGUGAGUGACCUCAGUGCACCUAAGAUUCUCUUUGCUGGGGGCCUGGCUGGGAUCUUCAACUGGGCAGUUGCCAUCCCCCCAGACGUGCUGAAAUCCCGUUUCCAGACUGCUCCUGCAGGAAAAUACCCAAAUGGUUUUAGAGAUGUGCUGAAGGAACUUAUCAGAGAGGAGGGAAUUGCAUCGCUGUAUAAAGGCUUCACAGCUGUGAUGAUCAGGGCAUUUCCUGCUAAUGCGGCAUGUUUUCUUGGUUUUGAAGUAGCUAUGAAGUUUCUUAACUGGGUUGCACCCGGUCUAUGAAGACUAGGAAGUCUGGAAACAAGAGAGGAGAAGGAAGAGAGUUCAAGUCUGCCUCAAAGGAAUAAAUGAAUGAUCACUUAAAGUUUCAGGAAUAAUUGUUUGCCUAAUAACUUUUUGCCUUCCUCACAUUCUUUAGGUGGUGCUAUGUGCUGUUUAGAAACACAAGCUGUAGCUCUGAAACGGAGUUGGUGAGGAGUUUGAGGUGAUAGACCUUCUGAGCCAAUGUGCCAUGGCAGUAAUGCUGCUAACAGACAGCUCUCACUGUCACUGUCACACACACUGCCUUAAGUACUUCCUCAGGGAAGGAGACACAUC